AUGUUCGUCAACAAUUUUAAAGGAAAUAUUCCUGCCAUCACCAGCAUUGUCCCUCAAAUCCAUCGGAAUGUCUUGAACAUGGAUUGUAGCAAUGCUUCAAGUACAAUGGCGCCAAUUUCAAUACAAACCCAGCCAUACUUUAACAUCACUCCAAAGUCGACAUAUGAAGAUGACUCUAGUAUUAAUAAUGUUCAGGCUCGGACGCAGACAGAGUAUGAUGGUACAGCCAAAACUAGUGAACAAGCCUUUCGAAUUGACUGCAAUCGAACUCCCAACUCUUGCCGGUGGAGGUGUGGACGUGCAUGUUGUACCAACAUGAGCCCACCACAAUUGAUAGUGCCAAAAAAUCUGACUUAUUACUGUCAGCGGCAUUACCACCCGAAGGGUGGCAGUGGCGGCGCCAGUGGCCGUCCUGGCGAGGAUCCCAAUAGGUGGCGAUGUAUUGCACUUACAAGACUGGGUCGACAAUGUAUGAAGCAAGAUUACAGGAUCCUCCACCCAACCCAUACCGAAGAUACUUUUCGCUGUGAGGACCAUAAAAAUUAUCUUCGAGGCCGGACCUUUCGUAGACAUAAGAAGGCGCUUUUGGUCUCAGCCCAUAAAGCGAGUCUUAAUGAUAUCAGUGUUCUUAAAGAGAGAGCUCCAUCGCAAGAUCUUUAUGUGAACAUCCCAUUUGGCACACGUUCUAAACAGACCAUACAACAAUGCCUUGUGUUUACUGGCCAGCAGUUUGAUGAGCUUACAGAAGAAUACACUCCAGCGACUAAAGAUAGCAUUCGAAGAGUGAUCCAGGACUAUUUUGAAGUCCUACAACACCCAGAAGAACACGAUCUCCUUAAAACUCAAGCAUAUAUAGGGCGAGAACUGAAUGAGAGAGAAAAAGCUGGAAUCAGAUACAAAUACCGUGACCAUCUUGCACACGGCUGUCUCUAUCUUAUGGCUCCAUGUAAUCGACAGCAGCAACAACAAUUAGAGUAUCUGAAUAAGAAACAAAGACCCUCCUACAGCAAAGGUUGUAUUUACAUCAAGAUUGGGUACAGCUCGAACCUUAGGAAGAGGAUCCCUGGGUUUUACGGAUGUGCUGAUAGUCUUGUCAAGUCCUUUUUUGACACAUCUUCUAUUUCGCCAGACGGCUUUCGUUCGAUGGGGCUUGUCUGUCUUUUGGAAAAGAUUAUACAUGAAAUCUUUUUAGAGCAGCAGGAAGAUUUGAAUUGUCUCUGCGGACGCGUCCAUCUGGAAUACUUUCGUUUUGAAUGGCCAAGCAACGUAGAGACUUCUCUACCUACUUUUGCUGAGGUAUUCGAUGAGAGUGAAAAGCAAAUCCGCACGCAGGUGCUAAAGUGGGUACGGGUGGUCAAGGGCAUGGAAAUAUUGUAUAAGCAGCUAUGCAGCUUCCAUGAAGUACACAUGGGGUAUAAGUCAGACUACUAA